ACGACGACCACGCAAGCGGAGAUGCCACUCGCAGCAGCGCCUCCGCUCCGGCUCCGGCGGCCGCCGCUCGUCGCCGUCGUCGUCGUCGUCGUCGUCUUCUUCUUCUUGGCCGCGGCGCCUCGGCGCGCGGACGCGUGGGGCAAGCAGGGCCACAUCAUAGUCUGCAAGAUCACCGAGAAGUACCUGUCAGAGAAGGCGGCGGCGGCGGUGCAGGAGCUGCUGCCGGAGUCGGCCGGCGGGGAGCUGUCGGCGGUGUGCCCGUGGGCGGACACGGUGCGUUUCCGGUACCGGUGGUCGCGCCCCCUCCACUACGCCAACACCCCUCAGCUCUGCAACUUCAAGUUCUCCCGGGAUUGCCAUAACUCCCGUCACCAACAAGGGAUGUGCGUCGUCGGGGCUAUCAACAACUACACCGACCAGCUCUACAGCUAUGGCGACUCAAAGAGUUCAUACAACCUGACGGAGAGCCUGAUGUUCCUGGCCCACUUCGUCGGCGACGUGCACCAGCCGCUGCACGUCGGCUUCGAGGAAGACGAAGGGGGGAACACCAUCCACGUGCACUGGUACCGGAGGAAGGAAAACCUCCACCAUGUGUGGGACAAUAGCAUCAUAGAAACGACCAUGAAGGACUUCUACAACAGAAGCUUGGAUACCAUGGUGGAGGCUCUCAAGAUGAACCUCACAGAUGGAUGGUCUGAUGAUAUCAGUCACUGGGAAAAUUGUGCCAACAAAAAGGCAACCUGUGCAAAUGACUAUGCAAUUGAGAGCAUACAUCUCUCCUGCAAUUAUGCCUAUAAAGAUGUAGAGCAAAACAUUACACUAGGAGGUCAGUAUUCUAUAUAUCACAAUCCUGUGAUGAACAUUAUUACAAUAAGUCAUUUUGGACUCAGGAUGAUAACAAUUGGCAAUUCUGCAUCCUGGAAUACAGAUGAUUAUUUCUUCUCUCGGUACCCGAUUGUGGAGCAGAGGCUAGCACAGGCUGGCAUCAGAUUGGCGUUGAUACUUAACCAGAUAUUUGGCGAGGACAAAGCAAAUGCCAAUGUUAUACCAUUACAAUCCCAGUGAGGGCUAUGAUCAGCAGGCAAA